AUGGCUAACACUUCCGAAGCUAAUUGGUUCGGUAGCCAAGUUCCCGAUGAGUCUGGUGUGAAGGAGAAGAGGAAAUGGUCUCCCACAGAGGAUAAAAUCCUUAUUGGUGCGUGGCUUAACACCAGUAAGGACCCUGCGGUGAGCACUGAACAGAAAGCUGAUGCUUUCUGGAACCGUAUCGUUGACUACUACAACGCAAGCCCUCUCCUGGUGGGUACUAUACCGAGGAAGCUUUGUCCUUGCAAGCAGAGGUGGGCUCGGAUAAACGAGCAAGUAUCCAAGUUUGCUGGAUGCUAUGAUGGGGCUUUGAGAGAGCAGAGAAGUGGGCAAAAUGAUGAUGAUAUCAUGAAAGCGGCUUUAGACAUUUUCUUCAUUAAUAACGGCUACAAGUUCGCCCUGGAUCACUGCUGGAGGGAGCUGAGGCAUGAUCAGAAAUGGUGCGCAACUCAUACGGUUGUGUUCAAUGUGGUUGGAGAUGGGAAAACUACUCCAUUGAUGUGUGUAUGUCCAGAAAGAAAAGAGUGCUCUGAAAUACUGAGCAAAUACUUGAGCAGAAAGAGUGGUGAGUCUUCUCACAGAUGA